CGAGUGGAAUAUUAGGAUCAGAUAUUGAUAUAUAUUUUGUGACAGGAAAACAAUACGUAUCAAACUGAAGCUGAUGGUGCAUUCUAGGAUGCCUUGUUUGGAGGAAAUGCUCUCGUUUUGUUCGUGAUGGAAUUAUAAAAGAUAAGACAACAAGGAGUGGAUAUUUUUGUUUUUAAAGCGAACGGAGAAUGAAUCAUUUAAGUCGUGUAAUUUGAUUCUUUUGUAAAUUGAGUUUAUCUAAGUUCAAAUCCAAGAGAACAAAUUGUUUAAAUGCACCAUUUCUCUUCAGACUGUAGAAUAAUAAAUCGGGGGUAAAUUAUUCUGACAGAAAUAAAAGGUCGAACUCUUCAUUCUGUCUCAGGGUAAAAUAACAGUCUAUUAUACAAGGACUUUCUCUGGUCGUUUUGUUUCUUCACAAUCGAUUGUAACACCUGAAAAGUUUUAUUUGUGUGAUACUGAAACCAUUUCAACAAAAGAACCUCUCUGAGAUUGUUUAAAGAUUGAGAAAGAUCAAUUUUCAGACCAGUAUUAUCGGUGUUUCCAUCUAAACGUUUCCUUGCACUGGACAUAGUUUUUGUUUAUUUACGAUUCUGCUGAGUUCAUUUUUACUAGGUUUUUAUUGUGAGAUUAUGAGGAUUACUUAACAGCAGGGAUAUAAGUUUCAUUACGAGUGAUCGUGGCUUUUUAGUGCCUUUGCGUAGAUUUAGUGCCUUUGCGUGUGCAUGAGAUUGAUAAACUUCAAAAAUAAGGAAAAAAUAUACAUAUACAUGCAGAGGCAAUAGGCUGUUUACAAUCAUACUAGAGAGAUUAAAACAGAACAUUCAGAAUUUUUGAAGUAUGCUGCUAGUUGUGCAUGACAACACAUGCUUGUGCUGUCAACAAUUAAAAUUUGUGCAUUUUGACAUUUUCUCUUGUUUUAAGUGGGCUGUUCCAAAUGCCAAUAUAUUACUGAAUGUCAGAAUUUAUGGUAACUAAUGGCAUUUCUACAUGUACAGAUGUUGCCAACAGAAUAAGUGUAUCUCUCUCAAACAGCCAUUGAAAUGUGAUGUUUUUCCAAGUUUUCGUUGCAUCCUUUUUACCUCGGUCCUACAGAGGUUUGUUUGUAUGGAGCCGGUUCUUUUAGGUUGGUUCCUUGUUUUACUGAGGAAUCGUUGAAUUGUUCUGCCAUUAUUUGCUCAGGACUGGGAAGCUAUUGUUGCAACAGGAAACUUAGCACACCUGUGAGAAGGGAAACACAAAGAGUAAAUACUGACUCCAUGUUUCUGUAGAACUGUGGACGCAAUGCCGGACAAGGAACCAGAAUGACUCGCAAAGUACCUGUGUCAUUUACUAUCUUUUAAGACAUGUUAUGUGGAUUGAUUUCAAAGGAUUUUUGCUACAAAUAUUAGGACCAGUAAAAAUGUUUUUUACCCGUACUAAGAAGUAUAGAUUGACACAGUCUCAUGAAGUGGUGUCCUGUCCCCUUGAUAAAUUCAGUCGCUAUGCCAUUCAUGACAACACCUUCAACGAGAGCAUGCCCGACUUGACUCAUGAUUCUGAAUUCUCCGAAUCUGUUCCUAAAAGAAGACCUAUGUUUCGCAGGUUUUUACAUUCCUCGUAUGAGAAGUUGUCGGAUCGGAGGGGAAGUGAACCGCUGGUGUCCUCCUCACUAGAUCUCCGCGGGGAAGCUAUGGACGCCAACUCCACCCCCUCCAAAAUAGCGAAUUUCUUCAUAAAGAAGGGCUUCAGUCGGUCUAGCAACCUAAAGAGGACAAAGAGUGUGACCAAACUGGACAAUCGUAAGCGGUCAGCCUCGCACGUACUGGACAGCCAGGAAUCCAACACCUUCGUCAAUUCAUUGAAGAGAACCAUGAGUCUGGGCCGUUUAAAUCGCAAACGAAAUCGAGAUAUUAAUGUUGACAGCCAAAGCGAUCUUUCUGAGCAGAAAAAUCGUGUCUUGUGUAGAUGUUCCAUUGUAACCCCAGAAAAUCAACAUACAUGGAACAUCAUUAAUUCUCGGAUCCGCUCCUCGAGAUCCCAUGAGUCCCUGCUGACCAGCUCGGUGACGAUGCACUCGAUUGACCUACAGAGCCAGGAUAUCAACAUAAAGCCCCUCCACAGUAGUGUCCUAGGGAAGGAGCACUGCUUCCAGGUGGCCACCAGCAACGGAAGUAAAUACAUCUCCUGCCGGACAUCAGAGGAACGACAGAAAUGGCUAGGAAGUUUACGGAAAACAGUUCAACCUAAUCAGGACAAUAUGAGGAGGACGGACAAUUCCUUAAAACUCUGGAUAAAAGAGGCCAAAAAUGUACCGUGUAAGAAAAGGUAUUAUUGUGAGAUUUGUAUGGACCACACUCUAUAUGCACGCACAUACAGCAAAACAAAGUCUGACAUGCUCUUCUGGGGAGAACAGUUCGAAUUCAACAAUUUGAACCCCGUGGAGAUCGUGACGGUGAAUUUGUACAGAGAGGCCGACAUUAAAAAGAAGAAAAAGGACAAAAACACAAAAAUAGGAUAUAUAAAUAUACCUGUUGCUGAAAUUCAUGGCCGACAAUUUGUGGAAAAGUGGUUCACAGCAAGCUCAGGAACUGUCGGGAAAACGGGAAAGGAGAGCAAGAAUGAGCUCCCCUUGAUCCGAUUACGAUUAAGAUACCAAACUGUACACAUACUCCCCAAGGAUUUGUAUCAAGAUUUCACUCAGUACUUGACAACGGAUUUCUACACUCUGUGCGAGGUCAUGGAGAAUCUUGUCAGUGUACGUGACAAAGAGGACAUUGCCUCCACUCUAGUCCACAUCAUGCAGAAGCUUGACAAAGCAAAAGAGUUCCUCACUGAAGUCAUUAUCGGAGAGGUGCUUAAACAAGAUAAUCAGCAUUUAACAUUCAGAGGAAACAGCAUUGGUACAAAGGCUAUGGAGGCAUACAUGAAACUGGUGGGAGAAAAGUACUUGAAGGACACUCUGAGUGACUUUGUUCACACUAUCAUCCACUCAGAGGAUGACUGUGAAGUAGACCCAGGCAAGCUUGUCAACCCUGCCAGCAUUGGCACUCAUCAACAACUUUUGGACAUGUACUGUAAUAUGGUGUGGACCAAAAUCAUCAGCUCACCUUGUUACUUCCCAAGUGAAUUGCGUGAGGUGUUCUCCAGCUUUAGAUCUCGGUGUAACAGUAAUGGGAAGAAGGAAGUGUCCGAUACCCUCAUCUGUGGCUCCAUCUUCCUACGAUUUCUCUGUCCUGCCAUUUUAUCACCUAGUCUCUUUAAUCUUACUCAAGAGUUUCCGCCCGAGAAGGCUGCCAGAAAUCUGACCCUGAUUGCCAAAACAAUCCAGACCCUGGCCAACUCCACCAAAUUCGGUGGGAAGGAGGAAUAUAUGGAAUUCAUGAAUGAUUUCAUCGAGAAGCAUGAUGGAAGCAUGCAAGAAUUCCUGGAUCAAAUUUCUAGUGCUAACAAUGGUAACCAUCUGCUGGAUUACGAUGGCUACAUUGACCUUGGGAAAGAGCUCUCUCUACUUCACAUCCUUCUCACUGAAAACCUAGAAAAGGCAAACCAGGAAACUCUGAUGAAAUUGGGUAAAUUACCCAGCAUUCUCAGUAGCAUUACGUCAGCCAUUGAAGACCCAGACGUGGGGAAAAGUGUACAAGUGCCAAAUAAGAGGAAAUCUCAGAUUUAUGACAAUGUUAGUGGCAGUAUUCAGACAGGGACAUCCCCCACUGAACUGCUGCGGAACAUGUUACGUCAGUGCGGCGAGGAAGACGACAUCCCAGUACUCGGUGCUCGACAUUCACGACAAGGCAGUCAUUUCAGCAGUGGACAGAGUACAGUGGUUGAUUAUAAUGAUAACGAUGAUGAGUAUGUGAUAAUUAAACGUGUUCUCACAGACAAUGUGUCCAAUGUGUCGGCAAACUCACAGAACGCCACGAGUGAACACAGUGUGAACCAGAAGUGGAAUGACAUCGUGAAUGCUGCUGAUAGCAGUCAUGGUGAUUAUAUAGACCUCAUGUCACUCAUGGACGACGAUUAUCAGAACUCUUCUAUGGAGCUGGAGAAUAACAUAAACGGGAGUCAGAUGUCAAUCAGUCAGGUGUCGACUGUGACGUCAGGGUACCAGUCCUACGGUUACAGCCAAUCAAGUUCUCCCGUAGACUCGUCCAAUCACGUGGAAGGCAGUGCCAGACCUUCUCAAUCCAACAGUCUCCAGCCUCUGUCCUUCUCUAACCCUAUGUACAGAUAUAAACACAUGACCUCCUCCUGUAGUAACUCUAGUCAGUGUGUUACCCCCUCCCCCGGGACCCAGGGGUCGGCCAGCUCGGGGUCCCUCAGCAGUGAAGAGGAGGCCAGUGUGAUCAGGAACAGAAACCCCGCCCCCUGUCGCCCAGACUUAAGUGAUAACCCCAGUGAUCCAUUAAGAAAUCUCGCCCCCAAACUGUCGAGCUCGAGUAGCUCAGAAUCUCUCAAUGAACUGGAGAGACACAGAAUGUACUCAAGUACCAGAGACUCUUCACAUAGAAAGGAGCCUGUUAACCUCCAUAGUUCAUGUCCCUCUAAUGUGUAUGAUGAUUUUCACAACAGCAAUUAUGAAAAUACCCAAGGAUACUCAUUAAGCCGCGCCCCGACUCGCCCCAGUGAACUUUCUCAUACAGGAAGCAUGGACUUCUCUCAGCUGCGGCACCAUAAUCGCUAUGGCGAGGGUCUGCGGAGAACGGCUACUGAUUCUGUCAUUGCUAAGUCUUGUAGUGCGAGUCAGAGUGAUAGUGGAGCAUCGAUACGAAGUCAAGGGUCAACAGAGGAUAGUCCCUCACACCGCCGUCUUUCUCCCCAGAAUGCUGUUCACAUGGGAAUCCGUUCGGUACAGAGGAAAAUAAACGAACAAGAAAAGACAAAGCAAGAGUAUGAGCAGGAAGUGGCCUUAUUAAAACAGCAGUUGUACGAGGCCCAGCAAAGGCUUCAGUACGCCGAGGAAAAACUGUACAAGCACGAGGCGGACUCAGAGAAAGUUCUGGAGGACUGGCAAUGCCGUCUGGAGGAAAGCGAGGAGAGAAUGCGACGUCAGCAGGCGGAGAAAGACGACCAGAUGAAACACAUCAUCACAAGAUUAAUGAAUGUAGAGGGUGAGCUUCGCCAUGACCAAGAAGAAAUCCGGACCGUGGUAAAACAGAAGCAGAAGGUGAUCGAAGCGCAGGAAAGGCGAAUAAAAACACUGGACACCGCCAACGCCAAACUGAUGUCUGCGCUUCAUCAGCUACGCAGUGUCUCCCAGACCAACAACAACACAAUGCUGGGACCGCUGCGAUCCACUCUCAUCGCGCCAGAAGUGGCCGAGUUCAAGACCAGCUCCUGUUAAAUCCAUGGCUUUACGAUGACUACACAUUCGUAGUCACAUGGCUACACGUCUGUAGUCCCCCCUGUAACUUUGUGAUGUUCUGUGGUGCUUAUCUUUGUGAUUCACUGUGGAUAUUAUUUUGUGUUGAACAAAUGGCAUGAGACAAGCAUGUGUUUCUGUAGAUAGUGCUACUGUUUACAGACAGACAGACACUUUCUCCAGUCUGUGAUGAAGUGAAAAAGGUUGUGUAAUAGUCCAAGGGACAUUACUCUUCUUUGCAAAGAAAUCCAAACAUCUGUGCAAUAUAUUUUUGUGUGAAGUACAUGUAUAAUAUUUAGUUGCAUGAUUGUAUGAGUGCAUAUAUUAGUACUGUUCUAUUGUGAUGUGAAUUAGUGCAUAAACUUUUUGUAUGUUUUGACAAAAGUUAAACUUGCAAUCUUGGUUUGCCAUAUGAAUAAUAUGCACAUGAACAAUAUUGACAGUUGCUUUAAUUAUAUAGAGGCAGGGAUUCAUUAAUUGGUGCAAUGUUUAUUUCUUUCACAGUAUUAUAUUAUCUAGUGAUGUGAAUAACGAUUGUCAUCUACCUGCGGAAUCGUGAUUAUAUCUGGAAUUUUCAUUAUCAGUGACCCAAAAUCUUGUCUCACUGCCAGCUAGUUCUUUUAUACACCUGCAUUUAUUUAGCAUUGCAAAACUGGAAAGGAUUAAAAUUAACAUAACUAUAAUAUCAAGAGAAUACUGCAAAAAGAAAUGUUCUGGCUAUGUGUUAAAUUAAAUUGUAUAAAUUUAAAAAUGUUCUCGGAUCUGCUUUAUCAGCAUUGUUUAUAUUUAUCAAACAGAAGUGUUUAUGUUAUUAUUACAAAUGUAUUUAUUUGUUGGUUUCUGAUGACAGAAAUAACUGCAAUAUGUAGGUAAGCAAAAGAUUGGGAAAUAUCUCAGUCUGAAAACAUAAUAAAAAAAGUAUGAAAUUUA